UGCGACCCAAAAAAAAAAAAAAACAAAGGCUGAAAGCUUUCAUUUUUACUCCCACCAGCAGAAUAAAAGAAAGCGAACGCCUUCCAAAAGCUAAAAGCUACAAAACCCACUUUUUCUCUUUCCCCUCUCUUCACCUCUUCUCUUGUUCGUGCCUCAGAUGCUCCAACCCCCGUUAUAUACUUCAGCCAUCAGCAUGUUUUCUUGAUCUAACAAGUGUUUGUUGUAGCGUCUAAGAGAAAAAGACAACUAGAAAAAAGUCAACAUGGGCAAUUGCUUUGGAUCUCCCUCUCAGGAUGCUAAUCCUAGCUCCUCUUUCACCACCACUACUACCAAUCCUCCAACUCCAGGUUCAUCAAAUUACACCACCACCAUGGAUUUUUCUGCCACGAGCAGUAGUGCAGGUAAAAGUCAAUUCUCUGCUGCAGUAAGUGAAGCGAAUGAAGAGGCAAAUCCGAACGGUCAAAUAUUGGAAGCACCACACUUGAAGGAGUUCACCUUUGCUGAUUUAAAGAGUGCUACGAAGAAUUUCAGACCAGACACUUUGUUGGGUGAAGGUGGUUUUGGUAAAGUCUUCAAAGGAUGGAUAGAUGAAAAAACUUUUGCUCCCUCCAGAAGUGCCAUUGGUAUGGUGGUUGCUGUCAAGAAACUAAAUUCAGAAAGUGUCCAAGGGUUCCAAGAGUGGCAGUCAGAGGUGAACUUUCUAGGAAGGCUGUCACAUCCCAACCUGGUUAAAUUGUUGGGAUACUGUUGGGAGGAUAAAGAGCUACUCCUUGUGUAUGAGUUCAUGCAGAAGGGAAGCUUGGAGAAUCAUCUUUUCAGAAGGAAUCCUGCCAUUGAACCCUUGUCUUGGGACUUAAGGCUCAAGAUAGCCAUUGGAGCAGCUCGAGGUCUUGCAUUUCUUCAUACGUCAGAUAAGAAGGUCAUUUACAGAGAUUUCAAGGCGUCAAAUAUACUGCUUGAUGGGAAUUACAAUGCAAAAAUAUCAGAUUUUGGCCUGGCAAAAUUGGGGCCUUCAGCUGGUGACUCGCAUGUGACAACCAGGGUUAUGGGGACAUAUGGCUAUGCUGCUCCAGAGUACAUUGCAACAGGUCAUUUAUAUGUGAAGAGUGAUGUGUAUGGCUUCGGCGUGGUGCUGCUUGAAAUAAUGACAGGCUUAAGGGCACUUGACACAAAGCGUCCAAAUGGGGAGCAAAAUUUGGUUGAGUGGUUGAGACCAGUUCUCUCACUGAAAAGGAAGUUAAAAAACAUCAUGGAUAUAAGAAUAGAAGGUCAAUACUCUUCCAAGGCAAUGUUACAAGCUGCACAACUUACUUUAAAAUGCCUAGAGUCAGAUCCUAAAAGCCGUCCCUCCAUGAAAGAAGUUCUGGAGGAAUUGGAACAGAUAGAGGCAAUCAAGGACAAAGAGAAACCCAAGGGAACUAAAAGUGCUUCUGGUUCCUCCCGUUCUUCAACUUCGCACCGAUCAGCUCAUCAUCGUUCCCCACUCCACUUCAGACAACGGGGCAAAUAAAAACAAGCACAAUGCCAUUGUGGGGGAAGGUAUAAACAAAUGUCGGAUCCAACAAGUUAUGUGUUUUGACAAAAUCAUUUGUACUGUUAUUUUUUUAUUUAUUUGAACUUGUGAUUAAAUGAUCCAUAAUUUUUUUUUAG